UCGCCUGUGCAUGGAUAUGAGAGCUCAAGACUCUUCAGCUUGUGGGUGCCAGGACUUACACCGACGGCUCCAUCAGCUUCCCUCAUUCUAAGGCCUUCAGACUGAUACCAGCAUCCAGUUUGCAGAUGGCCUAUCCUGCAACUCUUCAGCCUUCACAGUCGGGAUCUCUGCUAUCUGUCAGCAGAAGCAACACCAUGUCACCCACGUCCAUCAGCUUGCUGUGUCUUGGGUUCCUCAUGGUCCAGAUCAUCUGCAUACAAGCAGGAGAUUAUGACAAGCUCUUUUUGUCUUCUUGGCCAAGCCCUGUGGUUCCUCAAGGAGGACAAGUCACUCUUUGGUGUCACUCUGAUCUUGGGUAUGACAUAUUCAAACUGUACAAGGAAGAUGGGGCCCGUGUCCCUGAGCUUCAAGACAGAAUAUUCAAAAACAAAUUUACCAUGAACUCUGUGACCACAGCACAUGCGGGGACCUACAGAUGUUUCAGGCCUUAUUUUCACUCCCCAAAUAAAUCAGCAAAGAGCAACCCCCUGAAGAUCAUGGUCACAGGAGUCCACAGAAAACCUUCCCUCUUGAUCCAACCUGGUCCUAUGGUGAAAUCAGGAGAAAAUCUUACCCUGAUAUGUUGCUCAGAGGUCAUGUUUGACAGCUUCGUUCUGAUUCUACAAAGAAGUGUUGGGGUAACCGAGGACCCUUUAGUCAUUGCUGGAGAGCCCCAUGAUGGGGGCUCCCAGGCCCACUUCUUCCUGGCUCCUGUAACAUCUACCCAUGCAGGGACCUACAGAUGCUACGGUUUUCUCAGUCACUCCCCCUAUGAGUGGUCAGCUCCUAGUGACUUCCUGGACAUCGUGAUCACAGGUCUAUACAAGAAGCCAACUCUCUCAGCCCAGCCGUGGCCUGUGGUGAAGUCAGGAGAGAACAGGACUUUGUUCUGCAGCUCUCAGAGCUCAUUUGACUUCUAUCAUCUGUAUCAGGAGGGGAAGGCCCUUGAACGCCGGCUCCCUGCAGUGCAGAGCCCCAGUGGCACAUCCCAGGCCAGCUUCCCUCUGGGCCCUGCAACCCCAGCCCAUAGUGGGACCUACACAUGCUAUGGCUCUUUCAGUGGCUUUCCCUACCAGUGGUCAGCCCCAAGUGACCCACUGCACCUUUCUGUCACAGUGACAGAAUCACAUCCUCCUCAAGGACAGUCCAGCAAGAUGAACAUCAUCCUUGGACUUUCAGCAGCCAUCGUCUCCACUGCCAUUUUUCUCUUUGCUCUUAUUGGUCACUGGUGUUCUAUCAAAAAUCAUGCCACCAUUAUGGACACAGAGCCCAGAGAAGACCAAGUGAUGGAUGGAGAGGUUCCUGCACCAGAAGAAACACAGGAGGUGACAUAUGCCCAGUUAAACCACCAGACCCUCUCACAGACACGGUUUACUCCAACUUCCCCAAGCUCCAAGUGCCUCUCAGCUGAGCCCAGAAUCUACACAGAACUCACCAUCCACCAAGCCCAUGCUGAGGUCACACCUGGCCCCAGGCUCUGAGAACACGGAGCAUUACCAAGCAGAAACCUGGGCCUAUCCCUUGGGAGAUUUUCUUCAUGAGCAUUUUCUCCUUCUCCAAUCAUCCCAACAUCUCUGAGGUGACAACAAGCCCCUUAGUAAAUACCCAGCUGUCUACACUGUGAUAAAUAUCCAACCAUUUCAGGGGACUUUACUAUAUUCACCCAUACAUUCUGGACAUCGAAUCAUUAUCAUCCUUCUUUAUUU